AUGGGCGGCGAUCAUGGCGGUGGGCAUGCAGGCGGCGACUUCCGCCAGAAGGUAUGGAGCAUGACGGGCGGGCCCUACUGCCGCCCAGUCCACUGGCGCCGUAACACCGCCAUCGCCAUGUUCGGCGUCUUCCUCAUCUGCAUCCCCAUCGCCAUGAAGUCCGCCGAGCUCGAGUUCGUGAUGGAAGUUCCACUUAUUUUCGGUCGGUCAAAUUUGCUAGAAUGA